UCUCUCUCUUUUGCCCUUUCGUCCUCGAGCUCAUCCCUUAAAUUGCAUCGGCGACAUUCGUCUCUUUUGCUAGGUUAUCGUCGUCAUCAUGAUGCAGCAGCCACCUCCAGCUUCUAACGGUGCUGCCGCAGGGUCAGGGCAGAUUCCUUCUGACCAACAAGCUUAUCACCAGCAGCAGCAGUCGUGGAUGAUGCAGCACCAGCAGCAACAACAAGGUCAGCCGCCUGCAGGAUGGAAUCAGCAGUCUGCACCGUCUCCUGGUCAACCUCAGCAGCAGCAAUAUGGUGGUGGUGGAUCUCAGAAUCCAGGAUCAGCUGGUGAGAUCCGGUCGCUGUGGAUCGGUGACUUGCAGCCAUGGAUGGAGGAGAACUAUCUCAUGAACAUCUUUGCUACUACUGGCGAUGCUACAUCAGCUAAAGUUAUCCGCAAUAAACAGAGUGGAUAUUCAGAAGGUUAUGGGUUUAUUGAGUUUGUGAACCAUGCUACAGCUGAGAGGAUUUUACAGGCUUACAAUGGUGCUACAAUGCCCAACAGUGACCAGGCCUUCAGGUUGAACUGGGCUCAGCUUGGAGCUGGAGAGAGACGCCAGGCUGAAGGGCCUGAGCACACGGUUUUUGUUGGAGACUUGGCGCCUGAUGUUACUGAUCACAUGCUUACUGAAACGUUUAAGGCUGUGUAUACCUCUGUCAAGGGAGCUAAAGUUGUGACUGAUAGGACUACUGGACGGUCCAAGGGAUAUGGAUUUGUCAGGUUUGGGGAUGAAAGUGAGCAGAUUCGUGCCAUGACUGAAAUGAAUGGUCAAUACUGCUCAUCAAGGCCUAUGCGUACUGGUCCAGCUGCCAACAAGAAGCCUCUUACAAUGCAACCAGCUUCAUAUCAGAACACUCAAGGAAACCAGGGAGAAAGUGAUCCAACUAACACAACAAUUUUUGUCGGAGCUUUGGAUCAAAGUGUAACAGAAGAUGAUUUGAAGUCAGUUUUUGGUCAAUUUGGUGAACUAGUUCAUGUGAAAAUACCAGCAGGAAAACGUUGCGGAUUUGUUCAAUAUGCCAAUAGGGCAUGUGCAGAGCAAGCCCUCUCCUUGUUGAACGGAACACAACUGGGUGGACAAAGCAUUCGUCUUUCAUGGGGUCGCAGUCCUUCCAACAAACAGACUCAACCUGAUCAAGCCCAGUAUGGUGGUGGUGGUGGAGGAUACUAUGGGUAUCCUCCUCAGGGAUAUGAAGCAUACGGAUAUGCACCUCCUCCUCAGGACCCUAAUGCCUACUACGGUGGUUAUGCUGGGGGCGGCUAUGGAAACUACCAGCAGCCUGGUGGCUACCAGCAGCAACAGCAGUGAAGCAUGAUGUGUAAGUCGUGAUCGAGCUGAAGUUCUAGAAAGCUGUCACCGUUUGAAAAUGGUGAAUGAAUGAAUUAUUGAAGUGGAUGUGUAUUAGCUCUUCUCGUCUCAGAUUCUCUCUUGAACUCUUUUUUCUUUGGCGUGGCUAUUGUUGAGUGUCCUUGCAAGUGAUAACAAAAGGCUUAACCAAAG